AUGACCAUCCGCUUGUUGGAACCAUCAUCUCCUUCUCAAUCUCUCUCGACGAUCUCAAGAAAGCCUAGCUCGCUUGCAACGACUUCUUCGAGAACUUGUGACUCUGCUACACCUACGAAACGUCUCCCAUCGUCUCGAACACAUUCGCCACGAGGUCGCGUCUGCACACCGAAUAAACUGACUCCCUCUUCCAAUUCUCAACCUACUCUCGCAAUGACUAUAAUUGCUCCUAGUGCUCGCACCCCUCAGCAGCAGGGCAGUUCCUCACACAUUCAAAGACCUCACUCGCCUCCUCCCCGACCAUCAUCACGGUCAGAGCGUCUGCUGCGAGACACCCUCAGGAAAGACAAUACACUUCGUACAACUGCCACAUCCCGUGCACGUUCCCGCUCGCGGUCAUCGUGCAGUGACUGUGAUGAUGAUAACUUAUUCCAACCCGUCCUGAUCUUUCAACCGUCCGAGUCACGCAGGAAUAGUGCUGCUUCCACCCGGAAUUUCAGGUCGAAAAGUUUUUACGUUCCGAACGAGAACGAAGACUCCUCAUAUGCUCAGCUACUCAGGUCGAGCUCAGACUUGGAUGCCAAGGGCUACCCUAUUGCUCCUAUCCAACAAGAGAAACUGGAUGAAUGUCUUUCCACAUCAUUACCGCGCUCCUAUGUCAUCGGAAAUGAUGCAGCGCCGCAUGAGGCUGUCCUGAGAUCACGCCUAGAACGCGUGCUUCAUAAUGGAAUGCGUGAAGAGGAAAGGCGAAUAAAAAGGUUGCCGGAUGAGGAGUCUUCAUCAGCAUCUCCACCUUCAUCAGCACGCUCGCUUUCUAAUUCAUUUACGCAAUCUCAAUCAUCUGAGAAACCUCGUGUGACUGCACAUGCUGUGGAGCCCUUGAUACUGCCAUCCAUAUCAUCAAAACACAGCCGGAAGAAUAGGUAUUCGCAGUCGACUUCUGUAGCUUACUCGCAAAAAUCACCACGAUCGCAAUCGCAAGGAGAGACAUCACCUUGGAUGACGACACCCCUCCCACCUUCACCAUUCUCGACUCCAACAAAGAAGUCGCCUUCUUCACCAUAUGCCACGCCCUCACCGCACUCACCGAACCCGGCGAUUUUCUCGAGCUUUUCUCGAGCUGAUCCCCAUAUACCAGUGACUCCACCGCAGUUUGACCUGCGCGCGGCAUCACAAGCUUGUAAGCAGGUAUCGGGAUACGUGAGUUUUGCAAGUGUGGCUGGCCUUGGUGCACCGCCUGGUGUAGGCGAUGACGAGGCGAGCAUAAAGGAACCGCAACGUGGCCGUAGACGCGGGCGGUGGUGGGUUUUCUAGAUUGCAUGUAUUUGGGAUGGAUUUUUUGGUUUCCAGAAAGAGGACGGUCGCGAUCAUAUUGGACGACAUCCUGAAUGCGAGGAACGAGACUAUGUUAUGCUAAAUUAAUCUUUUCCCGACGGUUUCUGGAGGCUUAUGCCUAGUAUGCCCGCGUAUUCAUGGACGGGUGUGUGCUACGUUUAUGAUGUGGCGUUCUUUGUACACUGUGUAUGAUGCUAUAAUUCACUUCAGAUAUAUAAAAAAGCGUCGAUUGCGCGCUGCGUAGUUGACAAAUAGCUAGGAUACCCAGAUUUAUAAUGCAAUAACUGAAAUCAAGCGACAUUUGCAGUGAAGACUUGGCAGUCGUCGAAACACUGGCUACUUAUAUAUACGAAUCUACUGCGGAAAUCCGAGGCGAAGUACGGCUAUCGUUGGGUGAAACGUAUCAUUUGUAGUUGUCCAACAAUCAGUUAACGAUUCAAUCACUGCCACGUCG